AUGGCGGACGCAGACGGUCUCCUCGAUGCCGGGGAUAUGUUCAAGGACCCCGAAGGCUUCUACGAGCCCGAACCGGAGCCCACCUUUGCCGACCACCAGAUGCACUCCGGCGACGUUGUGCGCGUGCGCUUGGUCGGAAGCCAUCCUCUCUAUGGAAACCUGUUGUGGAACGCCGGCCGUACCAGCGCCCACUACAUCGAAGAACGCGCCCAUGAGCUCAUCACGGGCAAGGACGUCCUGGAGAUCGGCGCCGCCGCCGGCGUCCCCAGCAUCGUGAGCGCUGUCAAGGGCGCCCGCACCGCCGUCAUGACCGACUACCCUGAUCCGGACCUCGUCGAGAACAUGCGCUUCAACGCCGCCUCCUCCGCCGCCCUGAUCCCCGCCGGCUCCGCCCUGCACGUCGACGGAUACAAAUGGGGGAACCCAGUCGAGCCUCUCCUCGCCUACCUCCCCGCCGGCGCGACGGGCUUCGACGUCCUCAUCAUGGCGGACGUGGUGUACAGCCACCGCGAGCACCCCAACCUGAUCAAGACUAUGCAGCAGACGAUGAAGAAGACGCGCGACGCCGUCGCCCUCGUCAUCUUCACCCCGUACCAGCCGUACCUGCUCCCCAAGACCGAGAAGUUCUUCCCGCUGGCUGAGGAGAACGGGUUCCGCGUGACCAAGAUCUUUGAGAAGCUGAUGGAUGAUGUGUUGUUCGAGAACGAUCCGGGGGAUGAGAGACUCCGUAGGACUGUCUUUGGGUAUGAGAUCAGUUGGGCGGAGGACCAGUUGUGA